AUUGAGAAUAUUGGUGGACGCGCAUAUAACAAAAUAAUAUCUCUAUCUCUAAUCUCUAAUCUCUUCUCUUAGAGUUGUAUAUGUAAAGACAAAGCCAUAACCGUGGAUUUCUCUCACCAUCUCAAUUUCAAUUUCAAUUUCAAUUUCAAUUUCCUCUAAAUCUUCGCCUUCAACCCUAACACCCAGAUCUACAAAUCCCUUUCAUUUUCUGAAUCAAAUCUCAUUCACACACAAACACCAUGUGUUCACUUCGCUCAGAUCAAUCUUUACUAUCUCCCACAAACAGGAUCUACCCUGAACCCUAUUUCCCCCAAAUCGAUCACUUCGAUCGUAUACCCGAUUCUCUUCUCCUUCUCGUUUUCAACAAGAUCGCUGAUGUUAAAGCCCUAGGUCGAUGCUGCGUCGUUUCUCGUCGUUUUCACUCUUUAGUACCUCAAGUUGAAAACGUCCUCGUUCGUGUCGACUGUGUUAUUUCCGAUGAAGAUUCUUCUUCUUCAACUGCUUCUUCUGACAAAUCUCGUGGACCUUUCUGGAACCUUCUUCGCUUAGUUUUUGGUGGGAUUGCUAAACCGAUUCAAACCCUAGGUCAAUUUUUGGGCCCUAAAAGACCUUCUUCCAAUUUGAAUUUGACUUCUUCUUCUUCCAAUUCCAACUCUUCACCUCUCACCGUUGGUACUGACGACGACGGAGAUGGCGGUGUCACACACCACUCACCUACUCAGGUUUUGAAGAAUUUUAAUGAGAUUCGAUUGCUUCGGAUCGAGCUUCCCAGUGGUGAAUUAGGGAUUGAGGAUGGUGUUUUGUUGAAAUGGAGAGCUGAUUUUGGAUCAACUCUUGAUAAUUGUGUAAUUCUAGGCGCUUCCUCUGUUUUUCACCCCAAAUCGCAGGAUGGUGUUGUUGUGGAUGCUUCUUGUGGUGUUAUUGCUGGCGGUGGUAACAAUGGCGGUGUUGAUGAUAAUGGAAGCAUACCCGAUUCGUUUUACACAAACGGUGGUUUGAAAUUGAGGGUAGUUUGGACAAUUAGUUCUCUGAUUGCUGCAUCUGCAAGGCAUUACUUGUUGCAACCGAUAAUUUCGGAGCAUAAGACUUUGGAUAAUUUGGUUUUAACUGAUGCCGAUGGACAAGGUGUGUUGUAUAUGAAUAGGGAUCAACUUGAGGAAUUAAGGGUGAAGCCACUUUCGGCUUCUUCGGCAUCGAAGAGGACUCUUGUACCUGCACUUAAUAUGAGGCUUUGGUAUGCACCUCAUUUGGAGUUACCUGAUGGGGUUGUUUUGAAAGGUGCUACUCUUGUUGCUAUUAGGCCUAGUGAAUUGUCGCCUACUAGUAGUGUGAAGAAGGAAGGAUCUGAUUUGUCUUGGGUUUCUACUGCUUUUGAAGAGCCUUACAGGUCUGCUGCUGCAAUGCUUGUUAAGAGGAGGACUUAUUGUCUCGAGAUGAAUUCCUUUUGAUGCUUUCUGCUACCUCGUCUAAGGGAUUAUAGAAUCAUUUGAAAAUAGAGGAACAUGAAGUUCCUAAUAUAGAAGGAAUCAGAAAACACAUUUUGUUUGGAAGCAGCCCGGCCACCUGAAUCUUGCUCUUUCCAGCUUCUGAUCAAGUUGCACCUCCAUAUGAGUAGUAGUAAUUAAAAGAGCUGCAAAGCAUUUACCUAUCUUUCUUGAACUGAGAAACUCUGAAUGCAUGUGCUGGUAUUUUAAAUUUGAGGCAAUGCUUUUUUAAGACCUGCAACUAGGAUGAUCUAUUACGAUCUUUGAGUUUGUAGUCAUACCCCCUUUUCAGGUCUCCCUCUGUGAAUAUUCUAGGUUAUUAUCUGUUUGGGUUGCUUUUGUGAUAUAUUUCUCUCAAGUUAAAUGAGCAAUGUACUUUUGCUUCUGUAAUUUUAAAUAACUUCUGGAUGAGUCAAUCAUACCAUGCAAUAGUUAUUCCUGCACUUACAGUUUACUGCCCUCAA